UAGAGCUGUGUGUUUGUGGGAGCCCCCAGUGGCGAGUGAUAAUAGCGCAGCUUUAUCUACAACAGGAAAUAGUCAUACAGGAAGUUGUGUCAGUCAGUUGGGAAAUUACAUGUGGCAGUCCAGUUUUUGUUAGCUCCACAAUCUGGCUUCAUCCAUCUUCUGGAGACUCGUUAAGCGCAUUGUCUUUUUACAAUAAAGAAUAUAAGAAUAUUCAAGAGCUUCAGUAAUCUCCAAUUCAGAAUCCCGUUCUCCUGGAAUUAUUCGAAGUUCAUGUUUAUGCUGACUGAAUAGCUAGAUUCCAGGAACAUCUAGUGAGAACAGUACAGUAAAAAGACAGCAUUACAACAAGCUCCACACAUCGGAGAGCAUCUACGUGGAACCUCAGCUAUCUUAAACAACAUUGAGCCACCUUUCACCUCAAGAUGAGUCAUGCAAGUUCCAAGACUGUCGGGGACAAAGCGGAACCUACGAACGACAAACUCAACGAGGAAACCCGGUCUCUACAAACCCGUUCAAGGGAAAGCGGUUCAUCCCUCAGUUCAAAUGCCAUGCUUGCCGUCGCAAGAGCACGAGCAAAAGCCGAAGCAGCUGAAGCCAGAGCAUCCUAUACUCAGCGGGAGAUAGCUUUAAAGGUUGAACAAGCCCGUAUACAAGCUACACUUGAAGCACUUCAGGUAGAGAAAGAAAGGGACGCUGCUAAAGCCGAAUUGGAAACCCUGGAAGCUGGCCUAGUUGAGAGUGAUCUAAGAUCUGCAGCCAAAAAACCUAUCCCUCUCUCACCUCUAAAACGGCUGCAACAUACGGAGGAAUACGUGAAGGAGCAGUCACGUAUUAAGUCAUCACACCAUUCCAAUAUGGACGAAGCCCCAUUUCACACACCAUAUGUGACACGCCAAUGGCAAACUGGACUUCCACGUGAUGAUCAAGGCAGCCUUCCCAUCAAAAACAAGCAUGGGGUCUCACACAUAGGCGAACAGCCCUCCAAUCAACACCAGUCUUCUACUCACCCACAUGGGGCCUUCGGCAUAAAUCCACGUAUUUCAGAGUACGACAGAACACCUACCAACCACGAUCUUGCCAAGUGUCUGGCUCGCAACCAGCUCCUCACAACAGGCCUAAGCACCUUCGACGACAAACCAGAGAACUAUUGGGCCUGGAAAUCGUCUUUCAAGAGUGCCAUUGCUGGAUUAGACCUUACAGCAGGAGAAGAGCUGGACCUCCUCAGUAGAUGGCUUGGCAGAGAGUCUUCAGAGCACGUUCGCAGGCUCAAAGCAGCGAACAUCAGAUGUCCGCCAGCUGGACUAAGUAUGGCCUGGGAGAGGCUGGAAGAGACGUACGGCUCACCUGAAGCCAUCGAGCGAGCUCUCUUCUCCAAAUUAGAGCGUUUCCCAAAACUAACAAACAAAGAACCACAAAAGCUCCGUGAACUCGGAGAUCUGUUGCUAGAGGUCAAAGCAGCAAAGCUGGAUGGCUACCUACCUGGGCUAGCAUACUUGGACACAUCCAGGGGAGUUCAUCCCAUCGCCGAAAAGUUGCCCUAUAAUCUCCAGGAAAGGUGGAUGUCAUACGGGUCGAGAUACAAACGUGAUAACAACGUCAGCUUUCCUCCAUUUCCUGUCUUUGUCGACUUCGUGCGCACAGAAGCUAUGACACGUACAGAUCCCAGCUUCAACUUCGCUGUUUCUCAAGCACCGUCAGAACCAAGAAAGGGCUCAGACAGGUUUACCAGAGCAUCUGUAUCCGUCAACAAGACAACUGUGUUCCCAUCCAAGGAAUACGGAGGUACAAAUAAAUCAGUUAACGACAACAAGCUCUGUCCCAUACAUGGGAAGCCUCAUCCGCUGAAAAAGUGCAGAAGCUUCAGGGAGAAGACCAUCGAGGAUCGCAAACAAUUCCUGAAAGAUCACUCCAUAUGCUUUAGAUGCUGUUCAUCCACAGAACAUCUCGCAAGAGACUGCAAAGCGGAAGUACAAUGCGGAGAAUGCCAGAGUGAUCGUCAUCCGUCAGCCCUCCAUCCGGGUCCCCCCCAAUGGACAUCCAGGCCCUUCACCUCUUCUCCAGAGCAUGGCGGGGAGGAGGACAAGGUCACCGAAGACGUCACCGCUAAGUGCACGGAGGUAUGUGGAAGAGGAGUUAGCGCAAGAGCAUGCUCAAAGAUAUGUCUCGUCAGUGUUUACCCUGAGGGGCACCAUGAGAAAUCAACGAAAGUCUAUGCUAUACUCGACGAGCAAAGCAACAAAUCUCUGGCGAGGUCAGAGUUCUUCAGUGUCUUUAACAUCCAAGGUGGUGAAUUUCCAUACACGCUGAAAACAUGCGCAGGGCUCAAAGAGACAACUGGACGAAGGGCCCAUGGUUACGUUAUAGAGUCAAUCGACCAGAAGAUCAGUCUUCGUCUCCCUACACUCAUUGAAUGUAACCAGAUCCCCAACAACCGUUCAGAGAUUCCAACCCCUGAUGCAGCUUUGCACCACAAUCACCUGAGGAAGAUGGCGGACGAGAUACCAUCCCUUGAUCCGCAAGCAGAAAUACUCUUGUUGCUUGGCAGGGACAUCCUUAGAGUCCAUAAAAUCAGGAAGCAAAUCAACGGGCCACACAAUGCUCCAUUCGCCCAGAAGUUGGACCUUGGUUGGGUCGUAAUCGGCGACGUCUGCCUAGGAGGGGCUCACAAGCCAUCUGUAGUGAGCACGCUCAAGACUGCCAUCUUGGAAAAUGGCCGCCCAAGCUACCUGCAGCCCUGUGGCAGUCAAGUGCAAGUAAAAGAAAGAUUUGGUCACGACACUAUGCACCAAGCUUUCCCAGUGACUUCUUCAGACAGUUCACCCUCAACAAUAGAUGAAGAGAAUCUGGGUCAAUUCAUCUUUCGUCGCACUCCCAGCGACCACAAACUCGCCCCCUCAAUAGACGACACAAGGUUUCUCCGCAUCAUGGACAGUGAGGUCCAUCAAGACAACUCCAACAGCUGGGUUGCUCCCUUGCCCUUUAAGACACCCAGACAAAGGCUACCAAACAACAGAGACUGUGCCUAUAAUCGUCUAAUCUCACUCCGUCGGACCUUAGAGAAACGUCCCCAGAUGAAGACACACUUCCUGGAAUUUAUUGAGAAAUUGUUCAAGAACGAACACGCAGAGGUAGCUCCUCCACUGCAGGAAGGCCAAGAAGUCUGGUAUCUCCCCUCCUUUGGAGUCUAUCAUCCGAAGAAGCCGGAGCAGAUUCGAGUUGUCUUCGACUCUAGUGCAGCCUAUCAGGGCGUCUCACUCAACAACGUGCUUCUCCGAGGCCCAGACCUGAACAACACCCUCAUUGGUGUACUCAUGAGGUUCAGAAAAGAUCUCGUCGCAAUAACAGCUGACGUCCAGCACAUGUUUCACUGUUUCGUCGUGAAAAAAGAGCAUAGAGAUUUUCUGCGUUUCCUGUGGUAUCGCAAUAACGAUCUCGACAGCGACAUCGUGGAGUACAGAAUGCGUGUCCACGUCUUUGGAAACAGCCCUUCCCCAGCCGUUGCCAUCUAUGGGUUGAGGAGAGCAGCGAGAGAAGAAGAAAACGACUUCGGCGGCGAUGCAAGAAGGUUGGUCGAAAGAGAGUUCUACGUUGACGACUUGUUAAAGUCCUGCCCCACUGAGGGAGAAGCUAUCAGUGUCCUCAAGCGAGCUCAAGAAAUGCUCGCCGUUUCCAACCUUCGGUUGCAUAAAGUGGCCUCUAACCGACAAGCCGUCAUCGAUGCUUUCAGCCCAGAAGAUCGGGCCAAAGACAUCCAAGAGCGCAAUCUUUUCAGCGACGAUAUGCCACUGCAACGGACUCUAGGAGUGACAUGGAGCAUAACAGCAGAUACGUUCAUGUUCCAAGUUGCUGCUGAACAGAAACCCUUCACCCGGCGAGGAGUGCUUUCAACCGUGAAUAGUAUUUACGACCCCCUUGGUUUCCUUACCCCAGUAACUAUACAGGGAAGGCUACUCCUCAGAGAACUCUCCAUACAAGCUGAAGAAUGGGAUUCUCCCCUUCCAAAAGGCAUGGAAGUAGAUUGGGACAGAUGGAGGGAGUCUCUUCAAGACCUUAAAGAUCUCAAAAUACCAAGAGCCUACACGACUAUCUCAAGCCCUAAUGCUCAGCGCAGAGAACUAUGCAUCUUUGCGGACGCAUCAGUGAAGGCAGUUUCAGCUGUGGCAUACUUGAAAGUAACCAACAAUGAUGGACGAGUAGAAGUCGGCUUCGUCUUUGGAAAGGCCAGACUAGCUCCAAAACCAGACCUUUCUAUACCUCGGUUGGAGCUUUGUGCGGCAGUUCUCGCUGUCGAGAUGGCCGACAUGAUAGUGGAAGAAAUGGAUCUGAAGUUUGACAGCAUCGAGUACUACACAGACAGUAAGGUGGUACUUGGCUACAUCCAUAAUCAAUCCAGGAGGUUCUACGUUUACGUGAACAACAGAGUUCAGCAAAUCCGUCAGUCCUCAGCUCCAGAACAGUGGCAGUAUGUGUCCACCGAUCAUAACCCAGCAGACCAUGGGACUCGAUCCGUGCCAGCGUCACUUCUGGGAAGUACAACAUGGCUCACCGGGCCAGCCUUUCUCCGGAACCCGUCUUCACCAAAACCAGAACGUCAAGAGAUCUAUGACCUAGUUGACUCCAUCUCAGAUUCCGAGGUUCGCCCACAAGUUGUUGUUAACAUCACUAACAUCAAAAAGGACACUUUGAACACAGCACGCUUUGAGCGCUUCUCUGACUUUGACACUCUCAUCAAGGCAGUAGGACACUUAGUCCACAUCGCUUCGUCUUUCUCCCAAGCUAGACAGGUGGACACCUGUCACGGGUGGCACAUCUGCCACAAGGGGCUUUCCAAUGGGGAGACGGAGAAAGCUAAGAUACUGGUGAUUAAAAGUGUGCAACGUGAGUGCUACGCAGAAGAGUUCAGGUGUAUCGAAACGUCAGGCAACCUUCCUAUCAACAGCAGUCUGCAGAAACUACAUCCCUUUGUCGACAGCACUGGAAUACUCAGAGUGGGAGGUCGCAUCAAAGAGUCUCAGUUAAGCACAGACGAAACCAACCCCAUCAUUAUUCCAGGCCAUCACCAUCUAGGAACCCUCAUUGUUCGUCAUCACCACCAUGCUGUGAAACACCAAGGCAGGCAUUUUACAGAGGGCGCCGUCAGAGCAUCUGGAAUCUGGCUGGUGAGAGCUAAACGAAGCAUCAGUAGUCUGCUCUCCAAAUGCGUGACCUGCAGAAGACUUCGAGGGAAAACAGAGCACCAACAGAUGGCAGAUCUGCCAGCCGAGCGGCUACAGGCAGCACCACCCUUUUCAUAUGUGGGAGUAGAUGUAUUCGGGCCUUGGGAGGUGGUCUCUCGCCGUACCAGAGGAGGGCAAGUCAACAGUAAACGCUGGGCAGUGUUGUUUUCAUGUAUGUGUACACGAGCCGUGCACAUCGAAAUCAUCGAAGCCAUGAGUGCUAGCAGCUUCAUUAAUGCACUCAGAAGGUUUUUCGCUAUCAGAGGGCCCGCAAAGCAGCUGCGCUCAGAUUGUGGGACCAAUUUCAUUGGCGCAUGCAGAGAGCUCGGAAUGGAUGGAUCCCUCCCCGACCCGCAUGGCGUGGAGAAGUUUCUGGAGGCACAGAAAUGCAUCUGGGUUUUCAAUCCCCCUCAUUCAUCUCACAUGGGCGGUGUAUGGGAGAGGAUGAUCGGGAUCGCUCGUCGUAUCCUGGACUGCAUGCUUCUGGAAGAUAAGUCACGCCUAACUCAUGAGGUCUUGACGACCCUAAUGGCCGAGGUCAGUGCUAUUAUGAACGCAAGGCCUCUGAUUCCUGUAUCUUCCGAUCCAGAAGCUCCCGUUAUCCUCUCUCCUCUGAUGCUCCUGACUCAGAAAGUCGGCGCUCCUCCAACUCCACCAAGCGACUUCAAGAAAGGAGAGCUUCUCAAGGCAGAAUGGAAGCGUGUCCAAAGUCUGGCGAACACCUUUUGGACUAGGUGGCGCCGAGAGUAUUUGAGCACCCUGCAAGUCCGGCAUAAAUGGGUAAACAAGAGGCCUAAUCUCAAGCAAGGAGAUGUAGUCUUAAUGAAAGAUGCUCAAGCAAAGAGAAACGACUGGCCCACUGCAGUCGUCACAAAGGCUUUUCCGAGCCAGGAUGGACUGGUGAGGAAAGUAGACGUGCGAGUGAUCAAGGAGGGCAAGCCGAAGGUUUACUCCAGACCUGCGACGGAAGUGGUCCUUCUCCUGUCUCCAGAGGACUCUCAAGAUUAAAGUAGUUGUAGAAAUGUGAGGUCCUGUCUCCAAAACCUCAAGCGGGGAGUGUUGUGUUCCGUGUAUAGAGCUGUGUGUUUGUGGGAGCCCCCAGUGGCGAGUGAUAAUAGCGCAGCUUUAUCUACAACAGGAAAUAGUCAUACAGGAAGUUGUGUCAGUCAGUUGGGAAAUUACAUGUGGCAGUCCAGUUUUUGUUAGCUCCACAAUCUGGCUUCAUCCAUCUUCUGGAGACUCGUUAAGCGCAUUGUCUGUAAGUAAAUAUGUUCGUCGAAACUAUAUUAAUGUAGAACGGUGUUUAUUUCAUAAUUUGAUCGUAUUUCUUACCUUUUAUUAUGCAAUGUUAAACUGCAUCUGCACCACUAGGCCUAAGCUAACGCCUCAUGUCAAUGACAAUGUAACAGUAUUCCGCUAGCGUAUUAGCUCGUUGUUAGCUUAGCCUCUUUAGCAUAUUAGCUCGUUGUUAGCUUAGCCUCUUUAGCAUAUUAGCAUUUAGCUAAACUCUUGUUUUCUCUUCAGUUAUAACAUAGAUUUGUUAGCCUUCUAAGUUGUCUAACUAGUCUAGCAUGACUAUAGCAUGGUAAUUUAUGUUGUGUUUCCGUAUACCUGUCAUGUAUACUUAUCCCAUUGCAACUGUAAAACAAUGUCUUUUUCUUGUGUGUUACAGUUUUACAAUAAAGAAUAUAAGAAUAUUCAAGAGCUUCAGUAAUCUCCAAUUCAGAAUCCCGUUCUCCUGGAAUUAUUCGAAGUUCAUGUUUAUGCUGACUGAAUAGCUAGAUUCC